AUGGCACCAACCAAUGAUCGCCUCCUCUCUUUGCCCCAUCUUCCGUUCUUAGCCUCUCUAGUAUGCCUAACAUUUCUCAUCACCCUUCAACUCUCCUCCACUCUCUCCCAUCAACUUUCAACAUCUGAUCCAUGUUCUCCAACAGUCGACCUUUCCUCCUGCCUCGCCAAGGCUACCCUCAUUGCAGGAAAAUCUCCAGCUGGCCCGGUGCAAGUCCUCACCACCAUUCUUAACAAAUCCCUUGAUGAAAUGAACGUUGCCAACACCAUGGCCACCUACAUCUACGAUCAGAGCAACGAAACCCGACAACGAGUUGCGCUCGCUGACUGCAUGCAUUUGAUGGAUCUCUCCCGCGAUCAUGCUACCAACUCAGCCUUGGCUAUCACUAAAGGAGCUUGGAUCGAUGCUCAGACAUGGAUGAGUGCUGUGCUCACAAAUCACAAUACUUGCCUAGAUUGGCUCAAGGGGCCAGCCAGGUCGGCCAUGGAAUCCGUUCUCAAAGGCUUGACGACCCUUACCGCCACCUCUCUUUGUGCUCUCAAAGCCAUCUCCCCCUCCUCCGAGGAUUUUUUCAGGAGUUCAGCUGUCGACGUCCCAUCAUGGCUACCACACCAUGACAAGAAGCUUCUACGACAUCCGUUCAAAAAUGAAGUUCAACCUAAUGUUGUGGUGGCUGCAGAUGGAAGUGGAAACUAUAAAACAGUGCAGCAAGCCAUGGAUUCAGCCCCAAAUUCAAGUGCGCAGCGGUACGUGAUUCAUGUGAAGAAUGGUGUGUAUAAAGAAACCGUGAGAAUCCAUCGAACGAAGACGAACAUCAUGAUAGUUGGCGAAGGCUUCGAUUCAACAAUCAUCAGUGGAAGCCUCAGUAAUGCUAGUGGAGUACGCACCAUUCAUUCCGCCACCUUAGGUAAAGGUCCCCCUCAUCCUCUUUAUUAUUAG